AUGGCGGCCCUUGAUACCUACCUACCCAAACCAAACCAAGCCAAGCCAAGCCAAGCCAAGCCAAGCCAAGCCAAGCUCCGAACCUCCAACGACGGCUCUGGGCGGACAAGGCGAGGUUGGGCAGCAUUGGCGCUACAUGCAGGCCUAGCGGCCGUCCAGCUUGGGCAAACGGGGAUAGGAGGGUCUGUGGCAUCUGUGGCAUCUGUGGCAUCUGUGGCAUCUGUGGCAUCUGUGGCAUCUGUGGCAUCUGUCACUGGUGGUCACGGUGUGGUCACUGGUGCGAGACCAGUGGGCGCGGGAUCAGGCGUCGGUGCGGGAUCAGGCGUCGGUGCGGGCGUCGUGCGGGAUCAGGCGUCGUGCGGGAUCAGGCGUCGUGCGGGAUCAGGCGUCGUGCGGGAUCAGGCGUCGUGCGGGAUCAGCGUCGGUGCGGGAUAG